AUGGCUUCCCCUUUCUUUCAGCAUUCAGAUUGGGGCACAUUGAAGGAGAAUUGUGAUAUUUUGUUUGAACCAUUUUCAAGCAAAGAUAUUUGUUGUGACCCUUUCCAUGACUCUCUUUCCUUUGAUAUGAUUGAGCACUCCAGAGAUCUACAGGAACCGAGUGAAGUGAUUGAAGCUGUGGAAAGUAAUAAGAAGUGUUAUAUUGGGGUAAGGAGAAGACCGUGGGGAAGGUUUGCAGCGGAGAUCAGAGACGCCACGAGGAAAGGUACCAGAGUUUGGCUUGGAACGUUUUCUAAUGCAGAAGAAGCUGCUUUGGCUUAUGAUCAAGCUGCAUUUCUCAUGAGAGGAUCAACUGCACUAAUCAAUUUUCCUGUCAAAAGGGACUUUGGAGCUCAAUAG